AUGUUAGAGACUCUUGUUUAUAUGUUUUUGUGUACUUUAACCUUGCUGUCACUUUUUGAAUUUAUUAGGCAUUGCAAAAGCAAAGAGGAUGAGUCGCCAAAGAAGAAAUUAGAUAUAUGGAAAGUUCCUGUGAAGAUAGUCAAACAUAAACUAAGUAAGAAGGUGUUAGAAGUAACCAGUACAGCGCCAGAAGCGGAAGACUCGAACAAACCCAUUGAAAAUGUCGUUUGA